UCUAUGAUGUGUAUGCAGGGUGUGGUGCUGAAGGGAAAGCGCCCUUCAUUGUUGAACAGGGUGUGACUGUUAAGGGAGCUCUCCAGGGUUCUGAUCCCCUUCAACUUUAAUCAGACACGCCCCUCAGAGCCACAGCUGUGUGACAUCUUGUCAAAUUACUAAACUUACAGACUCACUGUGGGCAGCUCACUGUAAUGCACGAUCUUUUUGCCGGACAGGAGCGAUCAUUUCCGGAUUGAUCCCAGCUGAUGCGCUCGAGCCAGCUCCGGUCUGUCUCUGCGCGGGUUCACACAGACUUCAGGUGAUCCCUCAUCGUGGAACAUCCUCCUGCUUUAGCCUAUUGGAUCUGUAUUGUGACAAAGCUGUGGCUCUCUCCCUCUUAUGCUGACUUUUAACUCAGGAUUGGCUGCAGGCUAGAAGCUAAUGUUGACUCAUGAGUAAGCAAAUCCAAACUGUUUGCUGAUCAGUAGGAGGAUCAUAGACAAGGAAAACAGAGGAUUUUCUCACAGCUGAUAUCAUCACGCAGAUUUAACGUGCAUUUUCCCCUAAAGUGGGAGUAUUUUCAUGCACCAUUAAUCUUCUAGAUUUUGGUGCGUUUUUGUCACAGUGCGACCACCUGCGCUGAAAGCAGAAAAGGCGGUGGCUGUCCAGGAGGAAGAAAUACAUAAAUAGAAGAAGCUGAGUCUGAGCAUCUGUGCAUCUUCUCCCCGGGAAACCCACAGCCUCUCCCCCCAGCCAGGCAUGUCGACCGCCGGGGAAGUACCAGCCUUUUUCAGGAGCAUGGGCUCUGACAGCCCUUCCAGGCCGAGGCAGCAGUUCUGUGGCAUGUUCUGCCCGGUGGAAGGCUCCUCGGACAGCAAGACGCUGGACCUGGAUCUCUCUAUGUGCAGGGGGAAGAGUGACGGCCGAGUCAUAGACCGGCAGACUGAUAUCUCCCAACCCAAGAAGGUGGAGAUCCGGGUGAGCUCGGGGAAGGAAGCUUUGCAGAAUCUAGACGAUAAAAAGAGCGACCGUCUCCUGAUCAAAGGGGGGAAGAUCGUGAACGAUGACCAGUCCUUCUGUGCUGACAUCUAUAUGGAGGAUGGAGUCAUCAAACAAAUCGGGGAGAAUCUCAUUGUUCCCGGCGGGGUAAAAACCAUUGAUGCCCACGGCCGCAUGCUGUUGCCGGGUGGCAUCGACGUGCACACACGUUUCCAGAUGCCUGAUCGAGGCAUGAUCUCUGCAGACGACUUCUACCAGGGCACCAAGGCAGCGCUGGCCGGAGGAACCACCAUGAUCAUUGAUCAUGUCAUCCCUGAGCUGGGUGUCAGCCUCAUCACGGCCUUCGAGCAGUGGCGCGAAUGGGCCGACAGCAAGUCCUGCUGUGACUACUCUCUGCAUGUCGACAUCCCCGAGUGGCACAAAGGCAUCCAGGAGGAGAUGGAGGCACUGGUGAAGGAUCAUGGUGUAAACUCUUUCCUGGUCUACCUCGCUUACAAGGAUGUUUUCCAGCUUACUGAUGCCCAGGUGUAUGAGGUGUUCAGUGUUAUCCGGGAUCUUGGAGCCAUCGCCCAGGUGCACGCUGAGAAUGGAGACAUUGUAGCCGAGGAGCAGCGCAAAAUCCUGGAGCAAGGGAUCAAUGGGCCCGAGGGACACGUGUUGAGCCAUCCUGAGGAGGUGGAGGCGGAGGCUGUAAACCGCUCUGUGACUGUGGCCAAUCAGACCAACUGCCCCCUCUACAUCACCAAGGUGAUGAGCAAGAGUGCUGCUGAUGUCAUCGCUCAGGCCAGGAAGAAAGGAACUGUGGUCUAUGGAGAGCCAAUCACUGCAAGCCUGGGAACAGACGGUUCUCACUAUUGGAGCAAGAACUGGGCUAAGGCAGCUGCUUACGUCACAUCCCCUCCCCUGAGCCCCGACCCGACCACGCCAGACUAUCUCAACUCUCUGCUCUCCUGUGGUGACCUGCAGGUGACAGGGAGCGCGCACUGUCCCUUUAAUACGGCUCAGCGCGCUGUAGGCAAAGAUGACUUCAGCUUGAUCCCUGAAGGUGUCAACGGCACUGAGGAGAGGAUGUCUAUCAUCUGGGACAAGUGUGUGGUGACGGGAAAGAUGGAUGAAAACCAGUUUGUGGCAGUGACCAGCACUAACGCUGCAAAAAUCUUCAACCUCUACCCUCGCAAGGGUCGUAUCGCUGUAGGUUCGGAUGCUGACCUGGUGCUGUGGGACCCGGACAUUACAAAGAUUAUCUCUGCCAAGAGCCACAACUCGACUGUGGAGUACAACAUCUUUGAAGGCACAGAGGUGCGCGGUGGGCCUCUGGUGGUGAUCAGCCAGGGCAAGAUCGUCUUGGAGGAAGGGACCCUCCACGCCACUGAGGGCUCGGGACGCUACGUGGCCCGAAAACCUUUCCCUGACUACGUGUACAAGAGAAUAAAGGCUCGCAGCAGGCUGGCUGAGCUGAGGGGUGUACCCAGAGGACUGUACGAUGGUCCAGUCUGUGAGGUGUCAGUUACCCCCAAAACAAUGACUCCUGCCUCCUCUGCCAAGACCUCACCUGCCAAGCAGCCCAACCAGCCCGUCCGUAAUCUGCACCAGUCUGGAUUCAGCCUAUCUGGUGCUCAGGUUGAUGACAACAUUCCCCGCCGGAACACCCAGCGCAUCGUGGCCCCACCAGGUGGCCGGGCGAACAUCACCAGCCUGGGUUAGAGAUCCACCGUCAGCCGCUGAGGAGGAAACAAGGAUUUGAGGGAGGACGUCCACAAGGAGCUGAGAGGUCGAGAAGCCGCUCAUCGAGACCUGAGCCGAAACCUUCUGAGCACCCGGUUCUGGACAUCCAUCAGCCUCGAACUUUCACCUCCUCCUUUGCAGCUUUUCCACGCACCCACUCUCCUCCUCCCUGAAACCUACUCCCAGAGGACACAGUCAGAAACAAAAAACAAAAAAGGUCUGCCUCAUAUGAUGGAAAAAGAGAAAAAAAAAAAGGAAACACUUCUUAUUUGAGCACUUUUGAUUGCAUUAUUUACAAUAGUUUUUUUAUACUGUAUUUUUCCCUGCCAUGUAUACUUUGAUGUUUGUUUUACUGUUGUUUAAUAGAGGGGUUGAGUGAGACUGAACUGAAUUACUUACAGUUAAGAAAAGCGGAUAAUUGUCAUGCAGGAAGUCCAUUGUUUCCAUUUUUUCUUUUCACUUUGAGAGUAAUUUAAAUGAAGCGUGGGUACAAAACCA